UUGGAUUUUGAGUCUCUCUUCCUCUCGCAGUUCCUGCCUCUGGCCAUGUCGGAAACCGCGCCUGCCGAGACGGCUGCCCCGGCGCCGGUGGAGAAGUCACCUGCCAAGAAGAAGGCGACCAAGAAAGCUGCGGGCGGUGGCGCGGCGAAACGCAAGGCCACCGGCCCCCCGGUGUCAGAGCUGAUCACCAAGGCGGUCGCCGCCUCCAAGGAGCGCAACGGCCUCUCCCUGGCCGCGCUCAAGAAGGCGCUGGCGGCCGCCGGCUACGACGUGGAGAAGAACAACAGCCGCAUCAAGCUGGGCCUCAAGAGCCUGGUGAGCAAGGGCACCCUGGUGCAGACCAAGGGCACCGGCGCCUCGGGCUCGUUCAAGCUCAACAAGAAGGCGGCCUCCGGGGAGGCCAAGCCUAAAGCCAAAAAGGCGGGCGCGGCGAAGGCCAAGAAGCCCUCCGGGGCCACCCCCAAGAAGCCAAAGAAGGCUGCGGGAGCCAAGAAGGCGGUGAAGAAAACUCCGAAGAAGGCGAAGAAGCCCGCGGCUGCCGGGGUCAAGAAGGUGGCCAAGAGCCCCAAGAAGGCCAAGGCCGCCGCCAAGCCCAAGAAGGCGGCGAAGAGCCCAGCCAAGCCCAAGGCUGUGAAGCCGAAGGCGGCCAAGCCCAAAGCCGCCAAGCCCAAGGCAGCGAAGCCCAAGGCUGCCAAGGCGAAGAAAGCGGCCCCGAAAAAGAAGUAGGAAGUUGGCCU